CAUGUAAAGUACAGCGAGUGCGCAUGCGUGGCCGGUGAAUAAUGGAGGGUAAGUUGGAUCACUGAGAGGGAAAUAUUGUUAAAGCAGCGGUUUAACGACUAAAAUACAGGUUCACUGGUCUGGAUAUGCACGACUCAGAGUUCCUGGAUUUAAUAAGACUCUGUCUGAAGAAGCACUUUUUCCUGUGUUAGCAAUAUUUAUUUUUUUAAAACAAAAUCUGGACUUUAACAUCUACGGAUAUGAAAAUAGCUGUUGAAGGCUGCUGCCAUGGCGAACUGGACAAGAUAUACGAGACCAUCAGCCACCUGGAGCGCAAGGAAGGCCUCAAGGUGGACCUGCUGCUGUGCUGUGGGGACUUCCAGGCUGUGCGGAAUGAGGGGGACAUGAAGUGUAUGGCCGUGCCGACCAAGUACAGGCAGAUGCAAACUUUUUACAAGUAUUAUUCUGGAGAGAAGAAAGCACCUGUCCUGACUAUCUUCAUCGGGGGAAACCAUGAAGCUUCAAACCAUUUACAGGAGCUUCCCUAUGGAGGGUGGGUCGCCCCCAAUAUUUACUAUUUGGGUUAUGCUGGUGUUGUUCGCUACAAAGGAAUACGGAUUGGUGGUCUUUCUGGAAUUUUCAAAUCCCAUGAUUACAGAAAAGGACACUUUGAGUUUCCACCUUACAACCAAGAGACCCUGCGCAGUGUCUACCACAUCAGGAACAGUGAUGUUUUUAAGCUCAAACAGAUCCAGAUGCCCAUGGACGUGUUCAUGACGCACGACUGGCCACGGGGCAUCUACCACUAUGGCAGCACAGAGGCGCUGCUGCGGAAGAAGCGGUUCUUGCGUGAGGAAGUAAACUCCGGAACGCUGGGCAGUCCAGCCGCCGCAGAGCUGCUCCACCACCUGCAGCCCAGCUAUUGGUUCUCUGCACAUCUGCACGUCAAAUUCGCUGCCCUGAUGCAGCACGAGGCCAAAGGAAACGCUACUCCUAAAACCACCAAGUUCCUUUCUCUUGAUAAAUGUCUUCCCUAUAGAGACUUUCUUCAGAUAGUGGAGGUGCCAGAAAGACCCGGCUCCUCUGAUCAACUGGAAUAUGACCCAGAGUGGCUGGCCAUCCUAAAGGCUACAAAUGAUCUUCAGAAGCCCUCACCCAGGAUGUGGUAUCCCCCGGAGAAUAACGGCCUUCACCCACGGUGGGACUUCCGUGCUUCAGAGGAGGCAAUGAUGGAGGUGGUGAGCGACCUGAAUGGUGAGCUCAACAUCCCAGAGAAUUUCAGCCUGACUGUCCCCGCAUUUGACCCUGCUCACCCUCAGCCGCACAUACCCCCCGCCUACGCUACCAAUCCCCAGACCACCGAGCUCUGCGCCAACCUCGGCCUCACUGACAUCUACGCCCUGGUCGGCCAGGGUGGGCUGAGCCCUGCAGCACAGGAAGGAGGGGCCUCCGAAGACGAGGAUGACGAGGACAACCGAAGUACGGGUAGUGUGGAAGAGCCAAGCGAGUAUCCCACCGACUCCUCGGCACUGUCCAGCUCUUACAACCCUGACGAGAUCACCAUCGAGGAUGAGUGGGAAGAGGAAGGAGAAGGUGGUGACGAGAAAGGGUCGGACGCAGUGGUUCCUGAGGCUCCUGCUGGAAUUCAGGACAGCGACAGGGACAGCAGCCCCCUGCUGGAGGCCGCAGGCCGGCUUGUCCUACCUCCCCCUCGCGCUGAAUCGGAAACGGACGAGCCGCUGUCUUCCCCUCUGGCUCUCAGGCUUCCUCCACCGUCUCGAUCCUUAUCAUCCUCUUCUAUUGGGCUCUUGCAGACAAGUUCAGAGGAGGAGGGUGGUGCCCCCCUAGCCAGAGUGCCCAAGCGCUGCAGCGGCGAGACAAAAGGCACCCACAGUCCCACAUCUGGCACACCUAGAAUCAAGCGGCGCAACCAGAGCAUCUACACAGCCCCAGAAGACGAGGAGGAGAGCUAGCUGUGUCUGUUCUUAACCCCUCCCUCAGGACCUUCUAGCUGGUCCAUGUUUUACCUCUUUACACAGAUCUCAACACACCUAUACUGGGUAUAGAGUUUAUAAUGAAAAAGAUUUGUCCAAAAAUCUAUAACAGUGAGUUUCCCUCAACUUGAGAGCAGCUGAUCAGCCAAUACAUGUUUGAUGUAUGAAAUUUUGCUUCUUCAGUUGACCACUUGUCACUGCAAUGCUAAUGAAGUGAACAGAUAACAGAAUUUCUUCUAUUUAAUCACAGCUUUCACUUUAGCCUUUAGGAUUGAAGCUAUAAAGUAGUAGAACAUCUGCUCCCAUGGACCAUUGUUUUAAUCCUGAAACAGCAAGGCUAACAAGUAAUGACACCUCCAUUCUAGUGCCACAGGACUAAAGAAGCAAACGCCAUACAUCUAUCAUUUCUUGGCUAAUCAGUUCCACUCCGUUCAAAGAGAAAAUCUGUCUAUUCCAGUUUUUGCUGUGCAAUUGCUUUUGUGAUUUAUUUUAGAACCCCUGAGGACAGAUUUGAGAACUACCAAAUGUAAAUUACUUUAUUGACCAAAAUAAUUUCUUGAUCAUGUUUAUAUCAACUCUUGCAUAUGUGUUUGUUACAGACCCCAAUUUCAAACUUAUUAUUGUUUCCAUAUAAUUGACAUUUAUUGUACAUUAGUCCAGUUUUGGAAAAUGCCUUCCCACAUAUUUGUAUUUUCAGUCGAAGUUCAUAAACACUUAGUGUGCCACUUUAUGACAUCUGUUUUGGAUUGUUUUUAAUUUACGUUUUAUUUUCUUUUAUUUUCAUGGUGUCCAUUUGACAAAAUUAAUUUGUUUUCAGUGAUAUUAAAGAACCAGUCGCUAAACAACA